UGUUAGUUAAAUUAAUAGUCAGUUACCUUCUUUUCACUCUUUCCCCCCUUUCCUAAGCCUAUCUCCUUCUCGCUCUCUCCCGAGGAGAAGUGAUAAUCAUGGCAAUAACAAGUCAAUCCAGUCUGUCUGGGUUGCUGGUAACCUUGCUUCUUGCCACGCCUGCCUUGGCUCAUGGGGGUCAUGAAAAUGUCCCUGAAGGUGCCGCCAUUUCCGAAGACCCGAUCGACUCGACAUUAUGGCUGCACAUGAUCCUAAUGGGACUUGCAUUUGGCGUCAUUUUCCCCUUGGGUAUGGUUCUCGGGAUUGUUCGCUCGCGCUGGCAUGUCCCUCUUCAGAUCGUUGGUACGGUUGUUGCAGUGGUUGCAUACUUCAUGGGCCAUGCCCACAAGGGUCGCCAAUUCGCCAAGAACGUCCACGCAUCUUUCGCAAACACACUAAUGUUGAUGAUGGUGGUUCAGAUUGUACUGGGUGUCUAUCUCAAGUUGCAUCUCACCAAGGGGAUUCACGGGCGCAUCCGCCGGGUCUUUGUGAUUGCGCACGGAGUCGUCGGCAAGGCCAUGCCGGUCGCAAGUUGGGUUCAGAUGCUGUUUGGAGGAAUCACGGCCAUGGGCUUCUGUCGGGAUGAUCAUUUGGGACAGUGCCUGGCCCACUUCAUCAUGGGCAGCGCUUUCAUCGCAUACGGAAUCUUGUUAACUAUCCUCCUUCUCGUUGGCCAGUACUGGCUUCGCCGCACGGGUCGCAGCCAGGAGUUCUUCGACUCGCUAAUCAUCGCCGCCUGGGGAUGUGUCAACACCUUCACGGAGCACCGCUGGGGAGGCCCCUGGGUUCACAACGACCUGCAACAUACCACCAUGGGAAUUGUUUGGUGGUGCGCUGGCCUGCUGGGUAUCUGGCUGAGCCGGAAACGCAACGGCCGCCCCAAGCGCAAUCUCAUUCCAGCCCUGGUUAUUCUGCUCACCGGCUAUGCCAUGUCCGCUCAUCCUCAGCAUCUGAUGAUUAGUACCAUGAUCCACACCAUCUUCGGUUACACCCUGAUGGCGGCCGGUUUUACCAGGAUCAUCGAGAUCUCUUUUGUGCUUAGAGACAAGGGGACUGUCAGCCCCGACGGUUCCGACCCCAACAGUUUCCAGUACCUUACGCCUUUCUUGCUGUAUGCUUCCGGAUUCCUUUUCAUGGGUGCCACUGAGGAGCAAAUGCAACUGCUAAGCGACGCUGGAAUCACACAUGUUUCAUACGUCCUGAUUUUGUACAGCAUUGCGUUCAUCCUCUUUCUUUUCGUCAAUGUCCUUCUGCACAUUUACGCCGUUCACGCUUGGCCCGAGUCCACCAAGCCGCCCUCUCGCUCCCGCUCCUCCAGCUUCGCAGACGACGCCGGUGAAGGCUCGUCCGGCUUCAAGCCCAACCAGCCUAACGGCCGCUUCCUGAACGGCCACGCUCGCUCGGCAUCCGAGAACCAGCACGUCCAUGACGCCGAAGAGUUCGAACUCCAGGGACUCAUCUCUGACGAGGAAGACGUCGGGGAGCAUAGCAGAAACACAUUGGGACCUAGAAAAGUUGAAGACGAGGAGAAUUCUCCUCUCGUUGGCAAGGAGACGCCAACGCAUUGAUUACCGGAAAUCUAAGAUUAUUGUCUCUUCUUGGUGUUUCGUUUUUACACUCGACUUGUUAAUAUUCAUUUCUUUGGCUACCUGUUUGCAUUAACUUCUACCUGGUAUACCAUCGGAUUUGUGAGAUGUCGAGUUAUAUCGUUAGGGUUUGGGUCUGAGGCCGCGGUGCGGCGUAACAAAUCGGCAUCAAGGUACUAUUUGGGGAUAUUCAAAUAUGAAGAUCGUGCAAAUUCUAUCGGUGGCUUAGGCUUUGGGACCGUGUUUCCUCGGCUCUAGCCGGGGUAGUGUCCACGAUGCUUUGAGCUUCUUCACAGACACGCAGGGCUUGAAAGGAAGCGAAAAGAAUCUGCCGAUCGGAGCAAAGUUUCGUCAAUGCACAUGAUUAGGACUUCGGUGUGCCCCGUUAUGGUGUAUCAUACACGUC